AUGUCUCAACUCCCCUUCCGCCAGAACUUCCGCAAGCCAUCUCGGCAAGCUUCUAUGGACCCUCACAAUGAUCUGAAUCCGCACAUUGACCACUACAUCGGUAUCGAUGUUGGAACCGGCAGUGCUAGAGCUUGUAUCAUCGACGGCUCUGGAGAUAUCAAAGCACUUGCAACAGAGAACAUUGGACUUUGGCAGCCCGAGCAAGGAUACUAUGAGCAAUCUACGACCGAUAUCUGGAGAUGCAUCUGCCAGUGUGUACACAGAGCUCUGGACCAGCACAACAUUGAUCCGACCACUGUUCGAGGUAUAGGCUUCGAUGCCACCUGCUCUCUCGCAGUCUUCACCCAUGAUACCGAUGAGCCGCAGACUGUCACUGGCCCGGACUUCAAAAAUGAUGGAAACGAUCGCAAUGUCAUUUUAUGGCUUGACCACAGACCAGUCGAGGAAACGGCCAAGAUUAAUGCGACGGAACACAACCUUCUACGCUACGUCGGAGGCAAGAUGAGCAUUGAGAUGGAGAUACCCAAGGUACUCUGGCUGAAGAACAACAUGACGCCUGAGCAAUUCGAGCGCUGCAAGUUUUACGAUCUUGCAGAUGCUCUGACCCAUUUGGCUACGGGAAACGAGAACAGGAGCUUCUGCAGCACAGUCUGCAAGCAAGGUUUUGUCCCUGUUGGUGUUGAUGGAAGCGUCAAGGGAUGGCAGGAAGACUUCUACGAUGCAAUUGGAUUGGAGGAUCUUACAAAGGACAAUUUCCUUCGGAUGGGUGGAGUGGACGGAGUAAACGGAAAAUAUUUCAGUGCAGGAGAACUAGUCGGCACUCUUAGUGAAAAGGCAGCCAGUCAGCUUGGUCUCCCUGCUGGAAUUGCGGUAGGUAGCGGAGUCAUCGAUGCCUACGCAGGAUGGGUUGGUACUGUUGGUGCGAAGGUCCACUUGGGUGCUGAACAACUCGAUGCCGGCCAUCCCAAGAAUGACAUUUCCCAAGCAUUCAGCCGACUGGCUGCUGUUGCCGGAACCUCAACUUGCCAUUUGGCUAUGUCCAAGGAGCCCGUCUUCGUCGACGGUGUUUGGGGACCCUACAGAGAUGUGCUUCUACCAAACUUCUGGAUGGCAGAAGGUGGACAGUCCGCUACUGGAGAGCUUCUCAAGCAUGUUCUUGAGACUCACCCUGCCUAUAACGAAACCAUGUCAAUGGCCGAAUCCUUCAACACUAGCAUUUACGACUACCUCAACUCCCACCUGGACGAAUUGAAGGAGAAGAUCAACGCACCCACCAUCUCCUACCUAGGCCGUCACUUCUUCUUCUACGGUGACCUCUGGGGCAACCGCUCUCCAAUCGCGGAUCCUACUAUGACUGGUUCAGUAAUUGGUCUUACCAAUGACCGGAGCAUGGACGGCCUAGCCAUCUACUACUACGCAACCAUGGAGUUCAUCGCCAUGCAAACCCGCCAAAUCAUCGAAACGAUGAACGAAUCCGGCCACAGCAUCACCAGCAUCUUCAUGUCCGGCUCUCAAUGCCAGAAUAAGAUCCUCAUGGAGCUAAUGGCGACUACCUGUGCCAUGCCCGUCGUCAUCCCACGAUACGUGCACGCAGCCGUUGUUCACGGAGCAGCCAUGCUGGGCGCCAAGGCCGCAAGUGCAGACAGGGAGGGCAAGACGGAGGAGCUGUGGAGCAUUAUGGACCGUAUGAGCAAGCCGGGCAAGGUUACCAAGCCAGGCAAGAAUGCAAAUGAGAAGAAGCUGCUUGAUAUCAAGUACAAGGUGUUCUUAGAUCAAUGCCGAACGCAGCAGGCUUACAGGAAGAGCGUGAAUGAAACUAUUGAGGGAUGGGGCCCGGAGGAGUAA